AUCUGCUUAUAGUCAACAUGUUAGUUUUUUCAUAUCUGUUACUAAAAAUAGUGAAGAAUCUGAUAUAAAUAAAAAUAGCAACAUAUCAUUAAAUGAUCAAAGCAUUAAAAUUAAUAAAAAUGAUCAAAGUUUUUUGAAUUAUAAUGAUCAAAACACAUCAAUUCCAGAAGAAGGUGGUAAUCAAAGUAUAUCAAUUUUAAAAGGUGAUAUUCAAAGUAUAUCAUUUUCAAUAGAUAAUGAUGAGUUUAUCUUUGAUGAUAUCUUAAAAAAUACUUUGGAAGAAUCUGAAUCAGAAUCUAAAGUAAAUACAGAUUAUCCAAAUAAAGUAUAUGGUGAUUUAAUGGCAUUAGUUAUAAACUAUAAACUUAGUAAUAAGACAGAUAAUAUAAUAUGA